CUGCUGGCUCCUCCAUUCCCGCUCCGGCUGUCCCAAUUUCGGCGUACAAAGCGCGAGGGGGGCGGGCGCAGCCAGGCAGCCGCACGGCACUGCCUCCUCCUCCUCCUCCGGUCUUCGUCUUGCCCCUCCCUUGGCCUUGUCCUUGACCGCUCGGCACUAGCGCACUCUGCUCCUCGCUCGCUACCCACACACGCGGACCAGCCACCGCCGCCCAGCGGGAGCAGAGAUUACGGCGGUGAGGGAGGGGGAAAGGCGCAGUCUUUGGCUUGCCGGUGGCCGGUGACAGAAGAAGCCAUGGCUCCGAGCUGCUACGACGCGGUCGCGUCCAUGCUCCUGUGCGCCGAGGAGCACAGCAGCAUCCUGUGCCUGGACGAGGAGGACGACGUGGCGUCGGAGGAGGUGGCGGCGGGGAGGAAGAGGGGCCGGUCGCCGGGCUGCGCGGACGGUUUCGGCGCGGAUUUGUUCCCGCCGCAGUCGGAGGAGUGCGUCGCCGGGCUGGUGGAGCGGGAGCCGGAGCACAUGCCGAGGUCGGACUACGGCGAGCGGCUGCGCGGCGGCGACGGCGUCGAUCUCUGCGUCCGCCGCGAGGGCGUCGAUUGGAUUUGGAAGGUCUACACAUACUACAACUUUGGUCCUGUUACUGCCUACCUGGCUGUGAACUACCUUGAUCGUUUCCUCUCACGGUACGAGCUGCCGGAUGGCAAGGACUGGAUGACGCAGCUGCUCUCCGUUGCGUGCCUCUCUCUGGCCGCCAAGAUGGAGGAAACCUUUGUCCCACAAUCCUUGGACCUUCAGGUUGGAGAUGCCCUGUAUGUGUUUGAGGCGAAGACGAUCCAGAGAAUGGAGCUGCUUGUUCUAAGCACCCUCAAUUGGAGGAUGCAGGCCGUAACCCCCUUCUCCUACCUGGACUACUUCCUAGACAAGCUCAACGGCGGCACUCGGGCUCCAAGAAGCUGGCUCUUUCAGUCGGCAGAGCUUAUCUUGUGUGCAGCUAGAGCAGGCACCGGUUGCAUAGGCUUCAGGCCUUCAGAGAUCGCCGCCGCCGUGGCAGCCGCCGUGGUCGGAGAAGCGGGCGUCGUCGCAGGCAUUGAAACCGCCUGCGCCCAUGUCGACAAGGAGCGGGUGUUGCGGUGCCAGGGCGCGAUCCAGUCCAUGGCGACCCCGGCCAUGAACACUGUGCCACCGAAACCUGCAAGCGGCAGGGCCUCCCCGGCGCCGCAGAGCCCUGUAGGGGUGCUGGACGCUGGCUGCCUGAGCUACAAGAGCGACGACGAUGGCGCGGCAGCGGCGACUGUUGCCCCACAUGGGGCUACCUCCUCCCCGGUGACCAGCAAAAGGAGAAAAAUCACCAGCAGAUGAUGGCUCGCCCUGACCGGUCAAAGUGCGUGCCCAAUGAUCAGAGCGAAUUGACAAGUCUGCUUUUGGUUUCUUUUUUUUUUUACCGAGCCAAUCAUCUUGAUGAGGAAAAAGGUCAAAUGCUGCUGUGUGAGAUGGAGGCGGAAAGGAGGGCGUUUUGACACGACGAGAGGGCAAGAAGUUGAUGAAUAAAGAUGUGAGGUGGACAACACCUAAAUUGCUGAGCUUUUUGUGUGGAGGGGUAGACAGCAGGCACAAAGGGGGCGAACCAUGGCUUUGCAGGAGCACAAAGCUGGAGGAGAUCGAUGAGAUGAUGAUGGUCAGAAUAAUGGGUGGUGAAGGGACCAGGCCGUAGGCAAGAUGUACAAGAACUAGGCACUAAACCUGCUUGUGUUGGAGAGUUGGAUAAGUUGUUUGCAGUAGUUUCUAGCAUUCUUUUUUUUUCAUUUCAUUGUGAAGAGAAAAUGUAGGUGAAAAUGAAAAAUAUUUUGUGACAAAAAAAAUUCUUGAUCCAAGACUAAUAAAUUAACAGGGUAGCAUAAGAAAA